AUGCCACCCGAGCUGAGGGAAAACGGGGACCCCGCGGAGGUGUCUCCUGUCUCCGUCGCGGGUUCCGAGGGCGCCGCCGAGGGCCGAAGUGCGCGCGAGAGAGAGCCGAAGCGCCUUAGUUCAGACGCUCGGGAGGAUCAGGACGAGCGAGAGGAAGGCGAAGUCCCGAGCGGUAACUGUUCAGACGUCGACAAGAGUGAGCGGGUCGGCGGAGCAGCGAGGGGCGAAGAGGAAGAGAAAGACGGUAGAGGCCGGAAACGCGUGUUGGGAGCCGAGGAGACGCCCGCGGUGCGUCGGGCUGCUGUCUCGGCGCUUCCUCCGCCUCGUUUCUCGUCAACACUUUCUCCUCACUCUGAGCCGUCGCCUUUCAAGAAGUUCCGAGAGAGUCACGCAGAGAGAGAACCAGGCAGAAGCUUCGAGUCGCCGCAACAGGAGCCGAAUCGCGAAGAUCAUGCCUCUGCUCCCUUUUCUCCGUCUUCGCCGGCGCGCGGGGCAACGUCAGCUCUUCCCAGACGCACCCCGCCUUCCUCCACUCUAGAUCUUCCGGCGCCGGGUGCGCGGUCGGCUUCCUCGCUUUCUUCGAAACACGAGGCGGCGUUUGGGGCUCGGUCCUCGAGAGAUUUCAAAGAGGAGACAAGGGCGAACCGAGACAGCAAAGAGGACGACAGACGAGGCCGCGACGACGAGCGCAAGCGAGCAGACGGAGACAGAAGAGACGGCAGAGACGAACGAAGGGCGCGAGAGGAGAGAGAGGGAAGAGAUGAACGACGAGGGCGGGAAGACGAGAAAAGAGGAAGGGAGGAGGAGAGACGAAGAGAAGGAAGAGAAGACAGGGACGGGCGAGGCGGACGAGAGAGAGACAGAGGGGACACUGGAAUCCGACGAGGAGAGAGCCAGAGAGAGAAGAAAGAAGAGGGAGAAGACGAACAGGGCAAAGCCCGACCUGCGUCGUGGACGAGCGUCUUGCGAGCUCCUGAACGCAAUAACAUCCGCUCCCUUGAGGACGUUCUGACGAAGCAGAAGACGGAGGAGCAACCUACACGCAUCAUGUUUAUGACGAAGAAACAGAGAGAGCAGCAAAAGGCGGCAGACGAACGGCGUCAACUGGAAAUGGAGAAGAAGAAGGAACGCCAGUUGCUGCAGAACCGAAAGAACUUCCUGAUGCAACAGGAAAUCGAAAAAGAGCGGGAGGUCAAGGAGAAGCUGAAGCAGCGUGAGAUGGAGAAAAUCAAGGAAGAGCAAGAGAGACGCCUGCGUGCGGUGAGAGGGAGUAGCGGCACGUCUCGCAACAAGGCAGAGGAAGAACGCGAGGCGAAGCGACAAGCAGAGGAGAAAAAGGGCGGGUCGUCCGGUCGGCGGGGCGAGAGCAGCUUGGCUGAUCUUCGGCUUCUUAAUCUCCCAGAACAGGAGUUGCGCGCGCGACAGCAGGAGAGAGAGCUCGAGCAAAUUCGAAACCAUUACCUAGGGAUGCGGACGGAGAAGAAGAAGAUUCAAAAGCCGUCGGAAAAAUUCAGGAACAUUUUCAAUUUCGAAUGGAAUGACGCAGAAGACACAUGCAAAGGCGACAACAACCCGCUGUACCAGGAGAGAAUGGAGCCUCAGUUGCUCUUUGGCAGAGGGCGGCAAGAACACCAGAAGGCUGAAGAGUCCCGCGGAGCUGCCGAGGCGGCUGCAGCUGCCACGGAGGCCGUGAGGGCGGCACGAGAUGCGCAGGCCUCGCGCGUGCGCGAAAAGGAAAACGCAGAAGACAACCGCGGCCACUGGACGACGAAGAAGCGGGAAGAAAUGAACGAGCGAGACUGGAGAAUUUUCAGAGAGGACUUUGAAAUCUACAUCAAGGGAGGACGCGUUCCUCCUCCCAUUCGGACUUGGGCAGAGAGCGCACUGCCCUGGGAGUUAAUUGAGGCCGUGAAGCAUGCGAACUACGAGCGGCCGACGCCCAUUCAAAUGCAGGCGAUCCCCAUCGCUCUCGAGCAGCGAGACUUGAUUGGUAUUGCAGAAACUGGAUCAGGAAAGACCGCAGCCUUCGUGCUCCCCAUGCUGACCUACGUGAAGGGCCUCCCGCCUCUGAAUGAAGAGACUGGACAAGAUGGACCGUACGCACUCAUUUUGGCGCCGUCCAGAGAACUGGCCAUUCAAAUCGACGAAGAAACACAAAAAUUCGCGUCCUUCUGCAAAUGCCAGACUGUGGCUGUCGUCGGAGGCCGCAGCGCUGAAACGCAGGCCUUCCAACUACGCAGAGGCGCGGAGAUUGUCAUUGGAACUCCUGGGCGUGUCAAGGACUGCCUCGAGAAGGCGUAUACCGUUCUCAAUCAAUGCAACUACGUUGUCCUUGACGAAGCAGAUCGAAUGAUUGAUAUGGGUUUUGAGGAGAUCGUGAAUUUCAUUCUAGAUCAAAUUCCGACUUCAAAUUUGAAGAGUAACGACGAAGCCCUCAUCCUUCAACAAGAGAUGCAAGCGAAAGCCGGCCACCGGCUCUACCGCCUCACGCAAAUGUUCAGUGCGACGAUGCCUCCGGCAGUGGAGCGAUUGGCGCGGUACGCAGAUCGGACGAAGGAGCAGAAAGCCUGA